AAAAUUACACAGUAUAUUCUAUAUAUAUAAAGAAAGAGAUGGCUGAACAAAAUUUGCCACUAAUAGCAAAGAAAUUCUGGAAUAUUGUACGAGUAGCCUUUUUCAUGUUGAGGAAAAGCAUAUCAAAGGGGAAACUAAUGCUAGAUUUCAACUUAAUUAUGAAGCGCGGCAAAAUCGCUAGCAAAACCGCCAUACAAAAUCUCAUGUUCCACCACAUGACCCACCAAUGGUUAUUCGCCAAGACUCAUCGUGGUCGUGAUAAAAAUUUACCUUUCUCUCCUCCGCACAACGAGUACGAAUUCAGCUGCAGUAACAGCCCGAAUUUCCACCUCCCUUUCAACAUCAACAAGAAAAACAAAAAUAACUAUCUUUUCUGGCAGUCGCAGGCAUAUAAUGUGCCUUCAACCGUGACUCAUGAGGAUGACGUGAUAAUGGUAAAUGCGGCUGUGAUGAAAGCGUUGGAGAUGAUUCAUGAGAGUGAAACGGCGUCCCCCGCAACAAAUUACUUGCCCGGGUUUGGUACAACGCCUAUGGUGAGGCAACUUCGAGUCACUGACUCGCCGUUUCCGCUAAAUGUGGAAGAAGAUAGCCGUGUUGAUGAGGCAGCUGAAGUAUUUAUUUCCAAGUUCUACAGAAAUUUGAGGUGGCAAGCCUCGCCGUGUGCUUAAUUUUUUUUUUUGAAAAAAGGGUCUGAUGUACUAAGGUUUUCGCCAUGUGCGUGGUCGGGGAAAUAGUAUAUAUAUUUAAGGGUUUUGAAGUAAUUUUGAUGCAUGGGAAAAUAUAGAAAGCUUAAUAAGUACUAUGUAAGUAUGAAGAUUGGGAGCUGUGAAUAGUGUAUGUGCAGCUUGUUUGCGUGUACAUAUAUAUGAUUUCCGUUCUCUCUUCAAGACUUUGCUAUUUUGUUUAAUUUCUGGUAUUUUGGAAAUCUACAUGCAAGAAAAUAAAAUGAUUAGUAUUUAAAUUAAA